AUGGAAAACCUCAAAAUCGCAUGGCAUGACAGCAGGAUUUAUAAUCGAGAAAACUCUAGCUACAUAAAAACAUUUCCUUUUACCUAUGAGCUAACUCCCCCUCCGUGAACGAACAAAAUUUUUUGUUUGCUCACGAGGAGGUUAAAUAUUUUUUUCAAAAUUUAUGUUUUUAUUAAAAUGAUAGCUGCUUAAAUUAACCAGAAUUAGCUGGAUAUUUCGUUAUACUAAUUAUCACUUAUAUAUCAAAAAUUUUUGUUCACUAACGGAGGGUGGGUUUUUGGUCAAAAAAUAGGGAUUUUUCCAAUCGUUUUGUUCGCUCAUGGAGGGGGGAGUAAGAGCAUUUUCUGAAGUAGAAGAAACCAUCAGGUUCUUGCAAUCUGAAAACAAUCCAUGGGUACUGGUGACCUCUGGCAGAAAUGGUGAGGCAUUAGCUAGCCGUGUCUGUGAUAAUCCAAAUGUGAUAGGGAUCAUCAUUUUUUGUAUGAAUCGGAGAAAAAACAAAAAAUUGUUAACUAAAUACCCAAAAGUAAAAGAAAUUGUAACAAGGGGGUUUCAUGAAGUCCUUGAUCAUGCUUCCAAUAUUUUUAACACUUAUGUAGCCCAUACUGUCUCGCAAUUAAAUGAAGAUCCUAGUGUCGGUAUGGUUUCUCUGAUGGAGGCAUUGAAUCCAAUUGCGCCUUUAAACCAAAUCAAUAGCCCAGAUUACUAUUAUCACAUGCAAAAUGAACUUGAAAUGAGCUUUUUAAUGGUCAUCAAGCUAACAUUAAAAAAUAGAAAUAUAUCAAGACGUAAGGUUUUAGCUGAGCUGUUAGCUUUAAAUCCAUCAAGAGCAAGUGAAGUUAAAAAUGUCUUCAAUCAAAAUAGGAGAGACCUACUAAAAUCAAUUAUAUAUACUUAUUCCUCAAAUUUAGUAUAUAGGCAGCUAAAUGAGUGCUAUGCAAGCAACAACUAUCAUAAAGUUAUGAACAUUACAGCUGCUUGUAUGUGUGAAUUGCAAGCAAGAUCAAGCUUUCUGAUGCUCCAAGAGGAAACUGUCCUGUAUAGAGGUGUAGACAUUCCAGAAAACCAACUAAUUGACUAUCAAAUUGGGCAAUUAGGAUUUUGGAGUGCUUUUACUAGUACAACUACAAAUGAAGCAGUAUCAAGAAGCCCUCCAUUUGGAGGAAACGUUCAGUUUGAAAUUCAUCUGUCAAAAACAAUACGUCAUCCUCAUAUAGUUCUUGAAUCUGGAUGGUCAAUGCAUAAUAGAGAAAACGAAGUUCUUUUGUUGCCUUAUUUCCCAUUUAAAAUCACAGAUAUUGAAGAUUUAGGCAACUAUAAAAAAAUAAUUGUUCAUCAAAAUGAGGCGCAUCUUUCACUUUCUCUUGAUAGUCAGGCACUGAAUGAGUACUGACUCAAUAGGUUUAUAAAUGAAGUUUCAGUCCCGUUUUAUAAUCUCUGUGAACAAAUUCACCACAGAAUCGCUAUUUACGUAGACUACAGAAGCUAUUUUUACAUUCAAAAUCGGGAAUUUCAAGGCGAAACUAACUUCCAAAUAGAUUUACAGAAGGCCAUUUGCAAGGUCUACAGAUUAAAGAUAAUGAAUAAGUCAUUUAAAACUCGCCUUGACAGUAGUGCAUCAAUAAUUAAUUACUGGGGAAUUCUAAAAGAAGAUAUAAUAAAUGACAUGGGAAAAGACCUCAGAAAAAAAAUUAAAGACUUUUUUGCACCAGAUUUCAUUAAUAUGAGAAAAAGCAUAUCAAAGGUGAUGAACGAAGAAAUGAUUAGUACAUUUGAGGUACCUUUGAAUUUGUUGUAUCAGUGCAUUCAGCCGAUUUUUAAUGAAGUUGAAAAGAACCUUAUACAGUCUGCUCCAAAUUUACAUCAUAAUAGUAUGCAAGACAGUGAUGGAUAUAUUGAAUUUUUUUGCAGAAAGGUGGUGAUAGAGAUGGGAACGGUGAUGGCUGGGCAAAAACUAAAUAUAGAUCACACCACAGAGGCCAUGAGAAUCAAAUUGAAUGAGCAGCUAGAAAAACUGAAGACAAGGAUUGCAAUAGUAUUGGGGGAGAUUAUAUUUUAA